AUGGCUGUAAACACUAACGGAUUUGGUAGUGGCGUCGACGGAGGUCUGGCCGACGAUAUUGUUAAACAGGGCUUUCUAUGGGUGAAACGGCCGCCCCGUAGCUAUUGGAACAGGAUCAAGACAUUGAGCGCCAAUCGAGUGAAUGGUGUGAUCGACAAUGUCUUCGCCCAUCACCACCUAAUUGACGCUCAACACCCCUACACAUCACCACCACUUGAUCCCAUCACCACUAAUGGAUCCAAUAUGGUCGGCGGCUGUUGUGUCUGCUCUGAUGAACGAGGCUUUUAUGAGAACCCUUUGGUCUAUUGCGAUGGCCAGGGAUGCAAUGUUGCGGUCCAUCAGGCGUGUUAUGGUAUAGUGUCUGUACCGACCGGUCCCUGGUUUUGCCGAAAGUGUGAGUCCCAGGAAAGACAGGCCCGAGUCAAGUGUGAAUUGUGUCCCUCGAAAGACGGAGCUCUGAAGCGCACGGAUAACGGCAAUUGGGCUCAUGUGGUGUGCGCUCUAUAUAUACCCGAAGUAAGGUUUGGUAACAAUAAUACUAUGGAACCGAUUAUUCUUCAGUUGGUUCCGCCCGAGAGAUACAGCAGAACCUGUUCUCUGUGUGAGGAACAGGGAAAGGAGGUGAAGGCCAAGACUGGUGCGUGUAUGCAAUGCAAUAAACAGGGCUGUAAACACUACUUCCACGUGACCUGCGCACAGGCGGCCGGACUGUUGUGCGAAGAGGCCGGCAAUAACAUGGAUAAUGUUAAAUAUUGCGGUUAUUGUAGUCAUCAUUACCAGAAACUCAAAAAAGAGGGUAAUAUUAAACCCAUUCCGGCCUUUAAGCCCAUUCCCAACGACAACACAACCUCAGAGUCGAGUCCUGAGAAGUUGUCGCCCCAACGAUCUCAACAAAUGUCACAAAACGCAGCGAUGGCUGAAAUGAAGCACGAAAUGAAACAUCCGAAGAAAAAGACUAUCAAAACGGCAAGUAUUUCGUCGAACGCGUCGAUGGCUUCGCCCUCUUCUAUACACUCGAAUUCAAACCACGGAUUAAUACAUUCAUUCAAAUUCGACUCUAAGACCAAGAAUGACACCACCGGUGAAGACGUGAUCAGUUCUGUCAAAGCGAGUAAUUCUCCGCCAAAUGUUGACUCAUCUGUCGAUACGAUCAUCAAAAAGAAGAAGAAAUCGAUCGCAUCGUCUUCGCCCCCAACUGGUCCUCCAUUGAGUCCUAUUAUACCAUCAAAUUCGCUAAAUUCUGAGACUAAACCUCAAAACACUUCACUCUUUGCGUCGAUAUUCUCGUCGUCAUUGAAUUCAUCAAACAUUUCAUUAAAUGCAGAAAAAUUGCCAAUUAAGACUAAAUCUGCGGCCAAGGAUUACAGCGAUUCAAAGCCUAUCGUAAAUUUGAAGAAAAUUCGCCGAAAGAAGAAUGAGAUCAAUGCCAGUGAUCUUACAAACGGUGUUUUGAAUGUCGUUAAACCGGUUUGUGUCAGACCUGAUACUGACCAUAACUAUCACCGAUCAAUACCUGUGAAUCACCCAAAUAUGACUCCAUUACAAAAUGGUUAUACAAAUUCUGGUGAUAAGACAAACAGUACAACACUCUUCAAUUCAUCUCAAUCCUCAUUCAAUGGUUUUUCAUCCAAUAUAUUACCCAAUGAGAGAACCAGUGCUUCGAAAGCCGUGAAAACCGCUGAACAAAAUGAUUACGAAAUGCCCCAAACAUUGGAACAGCUGUUGGAGCGCCAGUGGGCACAGGGGUCGCAGUUCAUCAUAGAUCAGGCGCAGCACUUCGACAUCGCUUCACUUCUCUCGUGUUUACAUCAAUUGAGAUCAGAGAACAAUCGAUUGGAGGAGAGAGUGAGAGAUCUGAUAUCGAGAAGAGAUCAUUUGAUGGCCGUUAACGCUCGGCUCACGGCUCCCGCCAAUAAUGUGUUCCCAAUCAACGGCGCCCUCAGUUCGUUCAACGCCAACAAUAUGGCAAUGAGUGGUCAGUCGUCGUCUCCAGUCAGCGCUCAUUCAGCCUUCUCUGCGGCCUCUUCUCCGCGAACGCACACUAACUCGCCGUCAGAUAUGCAGAGCAAAGGCGUGAGAGUGUCGAGUCCGGCCGCGCAGGGGAUGACCCCCUCAACGGCGCGCAACCACUCGUUGCCCUCAUUUCAUGCCAACGCCGACGCAAUUGGAUUCGCAAAUCAUUUGUAUUCAACAAUGUCUCAGAAUUAUGCGCCCAAUUGUGUGGCCACCACUUCCAACCCGAGUGGUCACACGUCCCCCACUUCUCAGCCAUAUUAUGGCCUCUCAUCGCAUACACAGAACUCGGGUUGUAUUCGCAAAACCAAUGGUUCUGACAAAAGAUAAUAUCAUUUUCUAAACAUUUUAUAUAUUUAUUAAUGGUAUUCAUCGAGAAGUAAUGUCCCAUUUUGUCCUCACUUAUGAUAUUUAUAAAUAUUAUUAUUAACUAAACAAAUGUAGAGAUCGUCUCAUUAGUCAAACAUUAGGUUUUCAUUACUAAUAAUGAAAGUUCACUAAUUAUUUGAAGGUUUAAUGUAUUUAUAAAAUUUGUAAAUACCAGUGAUUUCUCAUAUAUUUAAUUAGAUAUUUGAACGAAACAUUAAUUAAGCCAUUAUUUAUUGUAAUUAAACCCAUCAGACAAUUAUAACAGCACUGCUCUUCAAAUCGCUGCUCUUUCCCAUUGAUUGCCAUUAAGGAACAGUUUGUGAGCCCAGACUACGUGUCCACCGAACAGAUGACUACUCGGACAGGUUAUCGUAAUAUUCACUGUAAACUGAAGUAUAGCUUCGAUCCGCUUAUCUAUAACUUUGAUAUUAUUUGUCAACCAAUCGAGUGAUCAAUUGACCGAAGAGUCUGUAUUGAGAGCAGUGUGUAAUUUAAUGAUGAUAAAUAUAACGAUUAUAAUAUUGUACUGUAAUAUAAAAUGGCAUUUUCGAUGAUUAUGAUAGAAUUAUAGCAUCGAUAAGCCAUCCCACUUGUAAACCCGAUCCUCACUUAUUAUUAAUAGUGUGUAAAACAAUUGCUGUCAUAAGUUAUGAAGACUUUACUCCAAUGUUUUGUAAAACUUAUUUGUUGUUUAAAACUCCAGUUUUAUUGUACUUUUUUCACG